AUGAAACGAAAAGAGCAUAGCAUAACGCAGUUGAUUCGUUAUGCUCAAUCGCUGGAUUCUAAGGUAUCUGAAGAUUCUCUGGAAGCAUUGCAGAGGCUGAUCAAUCAAGGAGAAGGUAUCGGUCAACUGGUAACUUGCUAUAUGCAGAACCGAUCGCCUCUGGCGGUGGAAUUGCUUUGCAAUGUUAAGGAACCUUAUGACACGGAAUUGUGCAACAGAAUUCAAGAUUUUCUGGCCAGAAAUACGCUAGCUAUGCUUACACUUCUUGGACAAUUAGUACAGAAGACUCCAAGUUGGUUACCAAAGCUUGCUGAGCAUUCACUUUUUGACCAUAUCUUAAAGUUUAUUCGGCCAUCCGAGAACAUUGUUGUGGUCGUAUCGGCGAUCCUUCUCGUAUCCUCCUUGCUUCCACAUUUCGCUGCCCCUAAAAAAUCGAUAUUGCUAAACUUAUUUCGUCUACUAAUUGUGGCAUGUAAUAUGCUUCAUAAUUUCAAGAAAUUAUUUGACCAACAGAAAGCAGAUAUCAUUGAAGGAAUAUAUGUAUCACAUUUGUAUGGUGCAGUAAUCCAGUAUUUCAUCGUUUUAUAUGGGAUUUACCCUGCAACUUUGGUAGAGUAUUUAAGAAAUCAUGUAAAUGUUGCGGAUGGUCGAGCAAUACAUGUUUUGAAAGCAUUAUUUUGCGCUGUGAAAUUCCAUCCGAACAUAUUAAGCGCUACCGUUGAACAGGAACUAGAUCGAAAUCGCUGGAAUCAUCGUGAAGCGCAUGAUUUUUUAGCUGAUUGUCGACAUGUGCUUGUACGACCGGUCUUACCAGCAGUUGUUAAAGUUGGUAAAUUAAUCUCGUCAAAUCACACACUGGAUACGUCAAGUUCAACAAUGUCCUAUAUAUCGCAGCUGCCAGAUUUAAAUGAUUUAUUCCCGACAAAAACAGAUUCAUCAUCAUCCAAAGAUUCUUUGGGUACGUCCUUAGAUCACUGGAAUGAUGAUGAUGCAUGGCUAGAAUGUGGAAAAAGUGAUUCGGAUAUUCUUGCGGAGUCAAGAUCUGGAUCAUUAGAUAACCGCGUCUCAGAUAUAAUCAUAAGCUUUUCCACAGAAUCAAGUACCCGACGAGCAACAACUGGUGCAGCAGAUUCGAAACACAUAAGGCGAUCGUCCUUAACCCAGAAGUUUAAUGAUUUUAUUCGAAGACGUAAGUCACGAACUUUGUCCGACGAACCCUUGCUUCAUAGUUUACCACUUCCCAAAACAUUUUUGGUUACAAGAGAUGGAACAAUAAACGAUGAACCAAUUGAAGAAAUUUCUGUACGUGAAGAUAUCCAGAAACGGAGUGAUGAAACUGGACAUAUCGAACAGGGUGUGGAUGCUCGAGAAAUUUGUUCACCUUCCAUCCCAUUUUCAUCAGUACAGCCCUCAGAAGAUUCAUUUGUAAACACUCCUGCAACAAUUGUACCGCUAGAAAGCAUGCAUCAGCCACAAUCAUUUACUUCGGAUGCGUUUGGGAAUCGUAAUGCUGAAAUUUCCUCAUCAACAAACAGUGCAACAAACGCAGGAGUUAUCAAAAGCUUUCAGCAGGGUGUUGACACUGAUAAUAAUAUGGAAACUAUUCGUUAUCGGAAGAUUAAAGAAUUUAAAGUGAAUGAAGCCGAGGAAACGAGUGGAAGCAUUUCCACUGAUAACGCGAAUCGUUUUUCGGUGACUUCAUUUUUUCGAAAAGUCAAUCGUCAGCGAUUCAUAAAUGGAUGCUGUCAUAAAAAAAAUGAAGCAAUUCAUUUCCUCGGUCAUAUGGGGAACUUCUCACAAACGCCAUUGUUUCAUGCUUUUUCCUGCCCCGCUCUGAUAUAUACUUCGGAAUUGGAUGAUAAAGAAGUAUGCAGUUUUAAUGAUUUGAAGCAAAAGCAGUUCAUGACCGCCAGGAGUAGGGAAUUCUCUACUGAAGACAUUGAAGAGUUAAUUGCUCAGAAAUGUCCGUAUCUUCCGUUCCUGCAAGCUCUUCUUUUUUCUCUUAUUGAUGAAGAAAAUCUGAAUGAAGAAUUAAAAUGUGAGCAUGAACGCACACGUCAGAAUUACAUGGAAGCAAGCGCUGAUUAUCAUACAUGCUUGAAACAACUUGGCUUAGCCGAUCGUCUGCCAGCAAUAAUUUAUGAUGAUAUCUCCGAACAACUCAAGGGCCUUUCGGCUGAAAUUCAAAUAAAAGUGCUCAAUGUCCGUCUGGCACUUGUUAAUCAACAUUUAUUAUACGAACGUUGUGGAAGACUGCUUCAUGCCGAACGAAAUCGUCGACUUUUCGGUCGUCUGAAGCAACAGAAAUCAUUGGAGUCAGAAAAAAUAUCACUCAGUAUGGCUCUUCACAGUGCACAAGUUGAAAAAGAACAGCUAGUAAAUGCUCUAACAGAUCUUCGGAAGCAAGGUAACAUAGAGCGUUCAAAACGAGGAGAAAUUGAAAAGAGAUAUUGUGAGAAGAUAAAGACUUAUCGCAAUGAAGCAGACCAUUACCUGGCUUCUCUGACGAAUUUGAAAUUGAAAAUGGAAUCUAUGGUUGAAAGCAGCAAUCAUCGGCAGGUUGAGUUGGAAAUGUAUAAAAGAAGAUGUGAGGAUAUGGAAAUGAAAUUACUGUUUGCGGAAUCAAAACUAGAAGGAAUUGAGAGUUUGAAAAUAGAGCUCAAAAAUGCUCAUCAAAUUAAUCAACAGCUCAGAGAUGAAGUCUUGCUGCUUCAGAAGCGAUUGGAAAAGGAAGGUUCUAGGUCAAAGUCACGGAUUAGGUCAAUGAAACUUGACACUUCGCAAAUGAUAGCUGAGGUAGUCCGACUGAAGAGUUUAUUGGUGCAUGAAGAAAGGACGAAGGAAUCUGCAAGGGCUAAAGCUCGAAAGUUCGAAGAUGAGUUAAUGAUUGAGAGGAGACGCUGCACUGAAUUCAGCGCUGUCUUUGAAAGAGCCAAAAAAUUGCACUCUCAACAGUGUGAAGCCGCGCAGCACAAAUAUUUGUCUCUUCUCUCUGUUUGUCAGAAACAGCAGUCACAUAUUCUCGAUUUGUAUGCCAAGAUUGAGGAGAUCGUGGCACUACCAUAUUCUGAGAGGAUGAUAAGGAUAGAACCCCAGAUGUUGUCUCCAAGAAGUUCUCUUAGCGAAAUGUGCUUUUCGAAUGGCACUUCACAAGGAAGUUUUUUUCCAUCCGAAUUAUUCGAUGAAGAAAAUGAAAAUGAUAAGGAUAGUAGCGAUAUAAAUGGUGAGACCCUUGUGUCAUUAUCUAAGAAUGAUCCCAAGGAUGGAGUUCUGUCGCUUUCUUCUUGAAACAUUAUUUUAAUUGGUAGACGUCUGAUUUUUCACAUUUUGUUACAUAAAACAAUUUUGCUACACGGCGAGAGAUACUAUUGGCAUGUUGUUUUUGAUUCUCGGUUUUAUAUAUUAUGUUAACCCUGUUUUCAUCGUGGUCCAUUAUUCUGGAAAUAAGUGACUUUGAGUUUUCAAGUAAUUAAUUUGACAGAUCAAAUGCAUUCAUAUUUCCGAAACUUUAUUGUGGCAUCUCAUAUGGGUGCCUGUCCAUUUUAUAACUUGUUUACUCUGAAAAAGCUCAUAAAUUUUUGAACAACAUAAGGUAUUGUAUCAACGGAGUUUAUAGAGUGGAAUAUUCAACUGGAACAUUGUAAUUCCAAUGAAAGUCCACAGAUACACAAGGUAGUCUUUUUGAACAAGCAUCUUCAAUUGUUGGAAGCCGUAACCACGAGUUAAGAAAUGUCAAGUGUGUAAAUAGUCUUAUGUUACUAAAAAAGGAAUCGUUUGUUGAUGUGGGAGUGACAAAGUUGUUUUCAUUGCUUUUAUUUUUAACACUUUAAAUCGAAGCACAACUCAUCACUUCGCGCACUACAUUCAUUUGCUGUUAAUUGGGUACGUCGGUUUUUUUAUUUUGG